AACAAAUGUCGCCGAAUGGGUGUACGUUAGCAGCUCCCUAUGAUUCCUACACCGUCCAUGAGACUCACUAUGAUCACUCUCUCUUUCUCUCUCUUCCUCACCUUAUCCUACGCACCCCCCAUUCCGUUCCCUUUCCCUUUCAGGACUGCUCUAGGGUUAGGGCUUAUUAUUCUUCCCCUCUCUUUAGCGACCCAAUUCUCCAUGCUCUUCGGCCAGCUAGGGCUUCGUCCCCUGGGUUAGCUUCGGAGACUUUUCGUGCCAAAGCAUAUGGACCACAGGAGGCAAUCCAGGGACUCUCUCUCGUACUCCAAUCUCUUCAAUCUUGAGUCCUUGACGAACUUUCAACUUCCACAAGAAGAUGAUGAUUUUGAUUAUUAUGGGAAUAGUAGUCAGGAUGAGAGCAGAGGUAGCCAAGGUGGAACGAUUAUGAAACGCGGAAAUGGGACUUUGCGUGAAAGGGAACAGGGUUUGUUAAAGAAAAGGAAGCAUUUGGAAAAUAGUGAAGACGAGGACAAUGACAGUUAUUAUGGGACAAAAAUUACAGAGGAUAGGUAUCGAUCAAUGCUCGGAGAACAUAUUCAAAAGUAUAAGAGAAGGUUGAAGGAUUCUUCAGCAAGUCCAGCACCAACCAGGGUGGGAACCCCGGUUCCAAGGAGUAAUCUGGGUUUAAAAACGAGGAAACUGGAGAAUGAGCAGCGAGGAGUAUUCAAUGAAGUGGAAACCAUGUCGGACUGGCUCAAUGAUAUUAAUCGUCAAAAACAAGGGAACAAUCGUGAACCAAAUUUUGCACCACUCAGUGGCACCGAAAGAACAACAUAUGAACCGGCCUUUUUAGACAUUGGGGAUGGUAUCACCUAUAAGAUUCCUCCAACUUAUGAUAAGUCUGCACCAUCUCUGAACUUGCCAAGCUUCUCAGAUAUCCAGGUGGAUGAGUUUUACUUAAAGGGUACAUUGGACUUGGGGUCCUUAGCUGCAAUGAUGGCCAAUAAUAAAAGGCUUGGGCCUAGAAACCGGGUGGGAAUGGGGGAGCUGCAGCCCCAGUAUGAAUCACUUCACGCAAGAUUGAAGGCUCUGUCAGCUUCUAAAUCAUCCCAGAAGUUCAGUCUCAAAGUGACUGAUAUCGGGUUGCAUUCCUCCAUCCCAGAGGGGGCAGCUGGAAACAUAAAGCGAUCCAUUUUGUCUGAGGGUGGUGUUUUGCAGGUUUACUAUGUGAAGGUUUUGGAGAAAGGAGACACAUAUGAGAUAAUUGAACGGUCUCUACCUAAGAAGCCAAAGGUAAAGAAAGGCCCCUCUGUGAUUGAGGAGGAAGAAAAGGAGAAGAUUGGAAAAGUUUGGGUAAACAUUGUAAGAAGAGACAUGCCAAAGCAUCAUAGGAUUUUUUCAGCUUUUCACCGAAAGCGACUAAUUGAUGCCAAGAGGUUCUCGGAAAACUGUCAAAGAGAGGUGAAAAUGAAGGUGAGUAGAUCACUUAAAUUGAUGAGAGGUGCUGCAAUUCGCACAAGGAAAUUAGCUAGAGAUAUGCUGCUGUAUUGGAAGCGAGUAGAUAAAGAGAUGGCAGAAGUUAGGAAAAGAGAGGAGAGAGAAGCUGCUGAAGCUUUGAGGCGUGAGCAGGAGCUUCGAGAAGCAAAGAGACAACAGCAAAGGCUCAAUUUUCUUAUACAGCAAACUGAACUUUACAGUCAUUUUAUGCAAAAUAAGUCAAAUUCACAGCCCUCUGAAGCUUUGCCUUUGGGUGAUGAAACACUAAAUGACCAAGAAGUGCUUCCGAGCACUUCGGAUGCUGAGCCUGAUGAGGAGGAAGAAGAUCCUGAGGAGGUUGAGUUGAAGAAGGAGGCCCUGAGAGCUGCUCAAGAUGCAGUUUCGAAGCAGAAAAAGUUAACAAGUGCAUUCGAUAGUGAAUGUUUGAUGCUGCGACAUGCUGCUGAAUCUGAGGCCCAUCCACCUGAGGUCACAGGAGCUAGUAACAUAGAUCUACAUAACCCUUCCACCAUGCCUGUAACAUCAACAGUUCAGACACCCCGGAUGUUUAAAGGCUCCCUUAAAGAAUAUCAGCUAAAAGGUCUUCAGUGGCUGGUUAAUUGUUACGAGCAGGGUUUAAAUGGCAUACUUGCUGAUGAGAUGGGACUUGGAAAGACCAUUCAGGCCAUGGCAUUUUUGGGUCAUUUGGCUGAGGAGAAAAAUAUAUGGGGGCCUUUUUUGGUUGUUGCACCUGCUUCUGUCUUGAACAACUGGAAUGACGAGGUUAAUCGUUUCUGCCCUGACUUGAAAACUCUUCCAUAUUGGGGUGGACUUCAAGAUCGAACCAUACUUAGGAAAAAAAUCAAACCCAAGGAUCUGUACCGCAGGGAAGCUGGAUUUCACAUUCUCAUCACCAGCUACCAGCUUCUAGUGUCUGAUGAGAAGUACUUUCGGCGUGUGAAAUGGCAGUACAUGGUGUUAGAUGAAGCCCAGGCAAUCAAAAGUUCUAACAGUAUAAGAUGGAAGACACUGCUCAGUUUCAAUUGUCGGAACCGCUUGUUGCUGACAGGUACUCCUAUCCAAAACAAUAUGGCAGAGUUGUGGGCCCUUUUACAUUUCAUUAUGCCAACCUUAUUUGACAGUCAUGAGCAAUUCAAUGAGUGGUUUUCAAAAGGAAUUGAGAGUCAUGCUGAGCAUGGGGGUACUUUAAAUGAGCACCAGCUUAACAGAUUGCAUUCGAUUCUAAAGCCAUUUAUGCUACGACGAGUUAAAACAGAUGUGGUUUCUGAGCUGACCAGUAAAACUGAGGUUACAGUGCAUUGCAAGUUGAGUUCUCGACAGCAAGCUUUUUAUCAGGCUAUUAAGAACAAGAUAUCUCUUGCCGAGUUGUUUGACAGCAAUCGUGGGCAUCUUAAUGAGAAGAAAAUUCUCAAUCUAAUGAAUAUUGUUAUUCAGCUGAGAAAGGUGUGUAAUCAUCCAGAGUUGUUCGAGAGGAAUGAGGGAAGCACAUACCUCCACUUUGGGGAGAUCCCAAAUUCUCUUCUGCCCCCUCCCUUUGGGGAGUUGGAGGACAUACAUUAUGCAGGAAGUCACAAUCCUAUAACCUAUAGGAUACCGAAACUAAUUCAUCAAGAAAUUGCCCGUAGUUCUGAAACUCUUUGCUUGGCAGUUGGGCAAGGUGUCUUCAGAGAAUACUAUCAGAAACACUUUAAUAUGGUCUCCCCACAAAAUGUUUAUCGAUCUAUAUUCCUGCAGGAGGAUAAUUCAAAUGGAUUAUCUGUUAGAAGUGGAACUUUUGGUUUUACCCGUUUGAUGGAUCUGUCUCCAUCAGAAGCCACAUUUCUAACUAGUGGUUCUUUUAUGGAGAAACUUUUGUUUUCUGUGAUGAGAUGGGACCGACAAUUCCUGGAUGGGAUCAUAGAUUCACUCAUGGAAGCUAUGGAUGAUGACCCUGAAUGUUACCUUGAGAGGAAGGUUAGAGCUGUGACACGGAUGUUACUGCUGCCAUCUAGAUCUGAGACUAACUUACUCCGAAGUAAAUAUGCAACAGGUCCUGGAGAUGCUCCAUUCGAGGCUUUAGUUAUCCCUCAUCAGGAUAGGUUUCUAUCCAAUAGUAGGCUUCUUCACUCAGCAUACACAUUUAUUCCACGAACUAGAGCUCCUCCGAUUGGUGCCCACUGCUCAGAUAGAAACUUUGCUUACAAAAUGACUGAAGAACUACAUGAUCCCUGGGUAAAAAGAUUGUUUACUGGGUUUGCACGGACAUCUGAAUUCAAUGGACCCAGAAAGCCAGAUCGUCCUUCUCAUCAUUUAAUUCAAGAGAUUGAUUCCAAAUUACCAGUUUCACAACCUGCUCUUCAGCUGACAUACAAGAUUUUUGGGUCUUCUCCACCAGUACGAAGCUUUGACCCAGCAAAGUUGCUCACUGACUCUGGGAAGCUUCAAACACUUGAUAUACUAUUGAAACGUCUGCGGGCAGAAAAUCACCGAGUUCUCUUGUUUGCCCAAAUGACGAAGAUGCUGAAUAUUCUUGAGGACUAUAUGAACUAUAGGAAAUAUAGAUAUCUUAGACUCGAUGGAUCCUCAACUAUAACUGAUCGACGAGAUAUGGUCAGAGACUUCCAGCAUCGAAGUGAUAUUUUUGUGUUCUUGUUGAGUACAAGAGCUGGUGGACUUGGCAUUAACUUGACAGCUGCUGACACUGUCAUAUUUUAUGAAAGUGAUUGGAAUCCAACUUUGGAUUUGCAAGCAAUGGAUAGAGCUCACCGGUUGGGACAGACAAAAGAUGUCACUGUCUACCGACUUAUUUGUAAAGAGACAGUUGAAGAGAAGAUUCUUCAAAGAGCAAGUCAGAAAAAUACUGUGCAGCAGCUUGUUAUGAUGGGUGGUCAUGUUCAGGGUGAUCUUUUGGCUCCUGAGGAUGUUGUAUCACUACUUCUGGAUGAUGCCCAGUUGGAGCAAAAACUGAGAGAAAUUCCAGUGCAGGUUAAGGAUAGGCAAAAGAAAAAACAUUCGGCAAAAGGUAUACGGGUAGAUGCAGAAGGUGAUGCAUCAUUGGAAGAUCUAACAAACGCUGGACCUCAGGAUACAGGAUAUGAGCCCUCUCCUGAUCCUGAGAGAACAAAAUCUAGUAACAAAAAGAGAAAGGCUGCUUCGGACAAACAAGCUCUGACAAAGCAAAGGAAUCCUCAAAAGUCAAAUUCGCCAAUGGACUACGAGUUGGAUGAUUCCCUUCAAAAUCCUGAUCUGCAAGCACAGAGGCCGAAGAGGUCAAAGAGGCCAACAAAGAGCGUAAAUGAAAAUCUUGAACCAGCAUUUACCGGUGCCCUGAUGACCGUAGCAGGGCAGACCCAUAUUCCAUCAAUGAGUGAGUGAGGUUCUGGUGUUUUCAGAGCAGAAGCAACGCAAGAUGUGUCAAGCAUGGCAACUCGUUUACAUGAUAGUUGGAAAUUAGUAUAAAAGAUCUUGCUAGGGUCCUUGGAUAACCAGGAAUCCGGGAUUCUUUUAUUUUUCUUUAAAUGCAGUAUUAUUUUUUUCCUGGCCCUGUUACGGGUGCUAGAUAAUAGAAGCAACAGAAAAGUGAGUGGAGCCGUUUGAUAGUUUGUAUAUAAUGUGCGGAGUUAGGUUCCACGUGACCAUGCUGUGCACAGAGGGUUCUUUUCGAGUUUGUACAGAUGCGUUCUCUAC